CCAGGGGCUCCUGGAGGCAGCCUUUCGGGGCUGGGGUGGGAGCCUCAUUGAAUGAGAAUCGGCCUUUUCUGUCUGGGCUGGUCUGCACCCUGGCUGCACUGGCAGCGGCUGGGCCUGCAGGAGCUCCUGUGCUCCGCCCACCUUGCGUCCUUCCCCUGGGCCGGACUUCCUCAGGGACCCCUUGCUCCCCGCCGCAUGGUGGCCCACAGCCCUGUGCGCCUCUUGCCUUUGGUGGCCCUGCUUUCACCCACCAUGUGAGUAUGGGGACUGGCCCAGGGGCCACACAGCUGCUCGAGGGGGCCAGCGUGGGGCCCACUCUCAUCCUCUCAGGCCUGAUUCCAGCGCCCACCACCCUGGUCCCCCGCUGAGCUAGGCCCCUCCUUUCUGUGCUGCUGUUGCUGCUGCCACCCAUGGGUGAGGAGUUGGCUCCUCUGAGUCAUCUGGAGGGGAGAAGUCUUCAGGCUGCCUGGUGGGGUGAGGUUGGAGGGGGUACCUCUAGGAUCCCCAUUCAGACCCUCCCCCUCCCCCUCCCAGUCCAGGCUCCCAGAACAGUUGCCCAGGAGGUGCCAGACACACUUACCCCACCUGGUUGCCAGAGCGGCAGCUGCUACCCACCCACUGGCGACCUGAUUGUCGGUCGUGGCCAGAGCCUUCGUAGCUCAUCCACCUGUGGACGCCAUGGGCCUGAGCGUUACUGCCUUGUCAGUCACCCCCAGGCAGAGGGGAGAGGGAGGCCUCUGGACCAGGACUCUGAAAAUUGCUUCUUUUGCAACUCUCGGGACCGGGGUGGCCAUGACAUUGAGAAUGUGAUCUCCCGGAGUGGUCCCCGUGGCAACCAGACCUGGUGGCAAGCUGAGAGCGGUGUUGAGAACGUCACCAUCCAGCUAGACCUGGAGAGUGCGUUCUACUUCACCCACCUCAUCAUGACUUUCAAGGUGACCGGUGCCCUGGCCUGAAGGCUGCCGUGAGCCUCCUGUCCUGACAGCCACCCUGGUGCCUGCCCCUGGUAACCCGGGGACCCCUCCUGUCCCCAGACUUUCCGUCCAGCAGCGCUGGCCCUCGAGCGUGCGGUGGACCGCGGCCACUCCUGGCAUGUGUACGGGUACUUUGCCCACAACUGCUCGGGCCUCUUCCCUGGCGUCGCCCGUGCCCCGGGCCAGUGUCAGCCAUCCCGUCUGUGACCAGCGUUACUCAGACAUUGAGCCUUCCACCAGGGGCAAGGUCAGGCCAAAGGAGGGCGGGGUGGGCGGUUGUGAAGCCAGAGGCUCAGCCUUGCUUCUUCCUCAGGUCAUUUUCAAAGUUCUGGACCCGGCCAUUCUGGUGGAGAACCCACACAACCCCGAGAUUCAGCGUGAUUCUCAGCCAAUCCUGCACUCCCUGCCCAUGAGGCUGGCAGCUAUUGGGGGAGGGGUGGUCCCGCGGAGGGAGGGGGAGGGGAGGGAGGCAGGUGGUGGGCGAGCCAGCUCAGUCCCCCAGCAUCCUGCUCCAGCUGCCCCUUCACAGUCCUCGAUUGUGGUCCCUAAUGUGGCCCCCAUUCCUGCCCCCUCACUGCUCGUCAUGUGCCCACUGCAUAGGGGCCGGGCCGGCAUGGGUAGCAGUUCCAUCUCUGCCCCCUCACUGGACUCGUGGGGCCCGUGUGGUCCCUGUCACUGCUCUCCCUGCCAGCCGCCAUGUCUCUGCUCCUGUCACUACCUCCUACCUCCCCUGUGAGCCCCCAUCACGGACCCAGUCCCUCCCCUCCCCUCGGAGUCUUCAUUCUGGCCUUAGUGGGUGCCCUAUGUCCCACAGCUGCCUCUAGCUGACCCCAGGGCAUCUCUGGGGGUGACCUUGUGAAGCAGAAGCCUGUUACAGAGCAAGAGAGCCCGGCCGGUGUGGCUCAGUGGUUGAGCAUCAACCUAUGAACCAGGAGGUCACAGUUCGAUUCCCAGUCAGGGCACGGCCCGGGUUGCGGGCUCAAUCUCCAGUGCGGGGCUA